GAGUGCAUCCUGCUGGUGGUUCGAAAGAGUAAUGACCCAUUUGUGAGGCUGAGGAUAACUCAGCCAUGAACUAACGCUCGCAAGGCCACCGUUGACAAAAACAAUGUCCAUUUCAAUGGCCUUGUUCUCUCCGCCUCUGCCAACGCAUCUUCUACGAUCCUUAUCUCCAAAACCCCAUUUCACCCACAAACCCUCUCUACUUCUCAGACCUACAAACCCUCUCUUUUUCCUCUCCACUCCAAAAGCCUCCACAGACAAUGGUGCUGGACUUUCCGCUGCUGUAGAGGAACCAAAAGCUGAGCAAAAGGCUGCAGAGCCUUCUGGCUCGGUGCCGGAGGCUAAAGAGAGCUCUUUGGAGUCUAAUGGAGCGGUGGCGGAUGGAGAGGUGAAGCUGGAAAGUAAAUUUGUGGACCCCAGGUGGAUUGGAGGGACUUGGGACUUGAAGCAGUUUCAAAGGGAUGGAAAAACUGAUUGGGAUGCUGUAAUUGAUGCUGAGGUUAGAAGAAGGAAAUGGCUUGAGGGUAAUCCAGAAUCAUCCAGCAAUGAUGAUCCUGUAGUUUUUGACACCUCGAUCAUACCAUGGUGGGCAUGGAUGAAAAGAUUCCAUCUACCUGAAGCAGAACUGCUUAAUGGCCGUGCUGCAAUGAUAGGAUUCUUUAUGGCUUACUUUGUGGAUAGCUUGACUGGUGUUGGUCUAGUUGACCAAAUGAGCAACUUCUUCUGCAAGACCUUAUUGUUUGUAGCUGUGGUAGGAGUACUUCUAAUCCGAAAGAACGAGGAUUUAGAAACUCUGAAGAAGUUGCUGGAUGAGACAACAUUUUAUGACAAGCAAUGGCAAGCAACUUGGCAGGAUGAGACCCCCGGAGGCUCCAAAACUGACUAGCUGGAAGUUGUCUUCCAAGUUUUAAUUGUUGUAUUCAGUUUUCAUCUUAUGUUGCUGUAAUUGUGUAUUUGCUGAUGAGAAUUUGAUUUUUAAUUCAUAUCCCACUUUAAUCAAGAUUUUCUUGAGGUUUGCAUACA